GCUGACGUGCUCCAUAUUGUAGAGCGAUGUAAAAUGCCAAGCGAUCACGGGACUUUCCUUGAACGAAACCACAGAGGUCGCUCCAUAAAAGCUGCGUAGAGCAAGCGACACUGGCUCAUAAAUCAACGCGCUGAAGAGCGGGAACAAGCUUGCAAAGCCACGGCCACACAAGGUGACAACCGGAGUCGCAGGAAAUCAACAGUAAUGUAUCCGAAGGUGGAAUGGUUAGCGUGCCUCCUGAUGCUCUCGGCAGCGGUCCCGUCCGAUGGAACCCACAGGCAUUGUGCAGAACCCUCUGAGGAGAGGCUAUCACACAAAUUGGACCAUUGGGCAUCCAAAGGAUUCGUAACCAGUGGAAUGGAAUUCAUUCCCGGCAAAAAAUUCAAUUCAUCCUACAGCCUCGUGCGGCAGAUUGGAGAAAGCAGCACUUCUCCAUGGUCUUACAGAAUUAAUACGGACAAAGCACGUUACCCAAGGAAGCUAAUGGAAGCAUACUGUCUCCACAAGGGCUGCUUUGGAACCGAUGGGAAGAUCGAUGAUCGGCUGUUAAGUGUUCCAUAUCACACGCCUGUCUUGGUGCUGAGGAGGAACUCGUGGUGCAAGCACAAAACCUUUGUGUACAAAAAGGCUAUGGAAAAGAUUGCGUUGUACUGUGUCUGUGUGAUGUCCACGGUGAAGAAAUCUUAAAGACAAUGUCCAAGAUCCCAGUAGAAAGAAUGUAGCCCUCAAUUUAAGAUUCAUGGAGAAAAUAAUACAUUUCUAUCGACCAGUCAUAAAAAUGUGAAAUAUUUUAACGGUUUUCUACAAGCCCCAUUUGCUCAUAUCAUCCCUCGAUGACUGAACGGCAAAUUAAAUUGAAAAUGGGAACCUCCACAUUGCAAUCGAGCAACACUUCACCAACCUGUAGGUUGGACGUGGUGGAGGCUUUGAUCCUGCUCUCUUGUCACGUGUGUACAGUGGACUCUCUGGAAGGAUAAAUGCCUAAAGACUGGCAGGGGCUCAAAAAUUAUAUUGCUCAGCACCUUUGUGUUCCCCGCAAUAGAAUUUAAUGGGCCUGUCCCACUUGCGCGACUUUUUCGGCGACUGCCGGCACCCAUCAUAGGUCGUUGCAGAUCGCCGAAAAUGUUCAACAUGUUGAUAAUCCAGCAGCGAUCAGAACAAGGUGCG